UGACCGGCCCCUACCCCUUCCGCGGCCCCAGGACCCGGGCAGUGAAGCAGGGGAAGCCCCGGCCGCCGCCGGCUGCGAGGACACAUACCUGCUGCCCGGGCUCGGGAUUCGCUUGGCUCUGCAGCGGCCCGGGCCCCGGCUCUAGCUCCCCGGGCUCCCCUCUCCGCCCCCCCGCCCCCUCGCGGCUCGGCGGCUCCCUCCGCCCCUCCGCCCACCGCGCUCAGGGGCGCGCGCGCGGCCUCGGCCGGUGGCUCGCCCGGGCCCGCGCCUGCGCCCUCGCCGCUCGCCGGCCGCGCGCGCGCCCCUGAGGCUGCGGAGCGGCGGCGCGGCUGUCUAGGAAACCGCGGCCUCGGCGGGCCCCGGCUGGCUGCGGGAGCCCGGCAGGGGGCGGGGGCCGGGUCUCCGCCGCCACAGGGGCCGAACACAGCGCGCGGGCUUCGUGGCGUGGACUUGUUCCUAAGGUGGCUGUAAUUGGCAUGAUCUCCCAUACCAACAUGAUGUUUGAGCAGAAGUAGUAGAGGUGAUCCAUAAAGAGAAAGCCAGUUUCCUUUCUACUCUUGCAAUCUAGAAAAAAGUUUUCAUCCAAGGACUGAACAAGUGCUGUUUUUCAACCCUAAUCUUUUGAUCAAGAAUGAAGCUAUUUAAAAAUUAAGAUGCCAACAGAUCACGAGGAGCCCUGUGGUCCCAGUUACAGGUCAUUUUGCCUGAAUGGGGGGAUUUGUUAUGUGAUACCUACUAUUCCCAGCCCAUUUUGUAGGUGUGUUGAAAAUUACACAGGAGCUCGUUGUGAAGAAGUCUUUCUUCCAAGUUCCAGCAUCCAAAGCAAAAGUAACCUGUUUGCAGCUUUCCUGGCGUUGACUGUUCUUCUAGUAACACUUACCGUUGCAGCCCUCUACUUCCUUUGCAGGUCAUGGAGACCACUGAAGAAACAUCAAAGUGAACUUUAUCUUUGCUUUUAUUUUACAAAGGCAGAAAAUGAAACACCAGAAGGAAGACUUGAAAGUCACCUUAUACAGCAGCUGCAACAAGCGAACAUGGCCGCAACUUCUUUGCUUAUACUCGAUGCAAAGCUUUCAUCUCCUGAAAUGACAUGCUGAGGUCACACAGAGUGCCAGAGCUGAUCGAUAGGCAAUGCUGAACAUCAAUUUUAAGAAGAAUGUGAGUCCAACUAAGAUGAUGUUCUUAAAGGACAAUACAAGUUAUGUUUAAUUCUUCAACUGUAAGCAGAAUUAUGUUGAGUAAGCCCCUUAACCUGUGUCUACGGUCAUGAAAGCCUGAGACCAUUUCCCUUCAUGCACAGAAGAAAUCAGAAGCACAGCAGGCUUACUUUUCAGAAGUAAGUGAUGACAGGUUGUCCACCUGGCCUCCAGCCAAGACGAUAUUCAUAUCACUGAAAGUGCUGACUACUCUUUGCAGGUAAUUACUGGCUCCCACCUUGCAGCAAUUAUAGCCAAAGACGAGGACCACACGAAGCUCAGGGUUAUCUAGAAGACCUGCAGAGAAAUGAAAAGCAAUCAUGAAAAACAGCCUUAAAGUAGGAAUUAUUUUAUACAUCUUGCAAAAUGAAAUGCUGCUGCUAAUUACUGGCACUCCUAAUGAAGUGCAAUUUAGUGCUUAAGCUGUCAAGUUUUCCAUUUUUACAAACUUUUAAAUACUAUUCAAAUUCUUAGCUGCAAUUAAUUUUGUCCAUUAGAAAACCUAAACAGCUAUUUGAAAUAAUACAGUCAAUACCCAACACAAGUAAGAAAGCAAUUAUGUACUGAGCAGCAGCUUUCCAUGGACCAUGACACAAGCUGGUUCCAGAGACCACCACCUGAAAUGAAAGGGACACUGGUUUGCAGAGAACAGUAGGAUUACCAGGUGAAGAAUUUAAAGAUCCAAAGAAACUUUAGACAAAAGGCACUAACUACAUGUAGUGGGGUAAAUGGUGCCCCCACACUAGAUGUCCACAUCAAUCCCUCCAAUCUAUCAAUGUGAGCCUCUUUUUUGGAAAAGGAUCUUUUUAGAUGUCAUUAAGGAUCUUGAAAUUAGAUCACCUGAAUUAUCCAAGUGGGCACUUAGGUCCAAUGACAAGUACCCUUAAAAUAAAAAUAAGAGAUACACAAAGGAGACAGAGGAGGCGGCCAUGUGACCACAUAAGUAGAAACUGGAGUGAUGCAACCAUACAAGAUGUCAGCAGCUAUAAAAGCAGAGAGAUUUGCCCCUAGAGCCUCCAGAAGGAGUGGGGGGCCUGUCGAUACCUUGAUUUCAGACUUCUGACUGCUCUAAAUGUGACAGAAUAAAUCUGGUGUUUUAAGUCAGCAAGUGUGUGGUGCUUUGUUACAGCAGCCUUAGGAAACAACUAUACC